AUGCCAUUCAUCGGAUACAAGACUUUGAUAGAAGAAGGGGACAUCGUGCUCGCUUUCAUCGGUAGAGACGCUAUCAAACCGAUCAGAAUCAACAGUGAAGAAACACUAAACACUAGAUAUGGUGUUUUCCCUCAUAAAUCCAUGAUUGGUAAACGUUAUGGUUCUCAAAUAACUAGUAUGAAGGGGUAUGGUUUCAUUCAUUUACUUCAGCCAACUCCUGAAUUAUGGACUUUAUCACUUCCGCAUAGAACUCAAAUUGUUUAUACACCAGAUUCAAGUUAUAUAACUCAAAGAUUAGGUAUAACUAAUGGUUCAAGAGUUAUUGAAGCUGGUACUGGUUCUGCUUCAUUUUCACAUUCUUUAGCUCGUACAGUACAUCCACAUGGUCAAUUAUUUACAUAUGAAUUCCAUGAAUCAAGAUUUUUAGAAGCUAAAAAGGAAUUUGAAGAACAUGAUAUUGAUGUUGUGAUAAAUCAUAGAGAUGUUUGUAAAAAUGGAUUUGAAAUAACAAAUUAUGAUGGAGGUUAUUUAAAUGCUGAUUCUAUAUUUUUGGAUUUACCUGCACCAUGGGAAGCUAUACCGCAUUUACCAAAAGUUAUAAAUAAAAAUGAAAAAGUUGGUAUUUGUUGUUUUAGUCCAUGUAUUGAACAAGUUGAUAAAACAGUUAAAGCUUUAAUAGAACAUGGUUGGACCUCUAUCGAAAUGGUGGAAAUCCAAGGAAGAAGAUGGGAAGCUCGUCAAUCUAUGAAAAGAGAUGUUGACGAUGCAAUUUUAAGAUUAAAAGAUGUUAAAAGACGUAAAUUAGAAGGUAUUGAAAGAAAAAGAAAAUUUUAUGCAGAUAAUGGUGAUAAUAAUUCUAAAGAAACUGAAAAUGAUUCAAAUGAUGUUCGUGAAAAGAGAAAAUUAGAUGAAAAAGAACAAACAAAAGUUGAAAAAACUGAAUUUAAUCCAUUUGGUAGAGGUAUGAGAGUCUUGGAAGGUGAUCCAAAAUAUAAUUGGUUGAAAGUUUCUAAAAAUGAAGCUGAAUUGAAAUCACAUACUUCAUAUUUAACAUUUGCAUUCAAAGAAGCAGUUGCUAAUUUAUGA